AUGCGCGUUAAUUUUCAAUUAAAAACACGUUUCAAGUAUUCAAAUCUCACAGAUGCCUAUGCUGUUGACUUUUCAGGUAAAGCCCUUUGGCCUCAUCGCGAGCAGCAGUGGCAGGCAGACGGACGUGGGGCAGCAUCAGCGUUCUCCUCAUGCCUCAAGCCACUGGCGGCAGCAGACAACACCUGUGGCCCUCCUUUCGCUCUUCUUCUAUUCAUGCAUGCGUUCCCUUCCAUGAUAGUGACUCCCUCCCACUCACUGCCUCUCCCUCCCCUCCCAUCCCCAUCCCUCCAUUCCCCUCCCCUCCCUUCCCAUUCCCCCCUUUCCAACACCCCCUCGCAGGAGCUCAAGAGCAGCGCUGCUGGUCGCCUGAGACGCCAUGCCAUGCCUGCUGCCCACGCUGCUUCAACUGCCUCCUGCUCUCACGUGGCGGGGAGGGGUGUGAGGUCUACACCGACGCUCCCUCACGCCCCUCCCCUGUGGCCGUGCAGGGACGCGCACGGGAAGGCGGGGAGGAGGGCUGCCAUUGAGGGAGGCAGCUGGAGGUGGAGGGGAGGGGCGUUGGGGUCUACACCGACGCUUCCCCACGCUCCUCCCCUGUGGCCAUGCAGGGACUCAUGGGGACGGGAGGGAGGCAGCGCUGUAACAUGGCAAUCCCACUGCAGCAAGGGAGAGUAUCGGGAUGGGCUUGGCCUCUCAAGGUCACUUGCAAUGCUGCAGAGACAGCUGACGGGACCAGUUGUGGCAGCAUCAGCAGUGGGAAGCACUGGUGUGCAGGUAACCCUCUCAGGUGUGCAGGUAACCCCCUCAGGUGUGCAGGUAACCCUCUCAGGUGGAGGGGGAGGGGCGAUGGGGUCAACACCAACACUUCCCCACGCCUCUUCCCGGUGGCCGUGCAGGGACUCGUGGGGACGGGAGGGAGGCAUCGCUGCAGCAGAUGGCAAUCGCUGCCACAAGGGAGAGUAUCGGGGUGGGCUCGGCCUCUCAAGGUCACUCGCUAGUCACCACAGGAAGCAGCAGCAGCAGCAGCAGAGGCCAGGGGUGGAGGGGAGGGGCACUGGGAUCGAAACCGACGCUCCCCCACGCCCCUCCCCUGUGGCCGUGCAGGGAUCCGUGGGGAUGGGAGGACAGCAGCACUGCAGCAGAUGGCAAUCGCUGCCACAAGGGAGAGUAUCGGGGUGGGCUCGGCCUCUCAAGCCUGAGGAUGGGAGCACUGGAGCAAGGGCGGAGUGUGGAGUCCACCGUCUCACUCACCUCCUCCUCUCUCCCUCCUCCCUCCCACCCAACAGCACCCUGCCUGGACCACAGUGGAGUCCCACCCUCUCUUAA